AGAAAGCAGGGACUUACGAAGGGAAGAGCGAGAGUGAGAAAGGGCGCGGAAGAAGAGGAGGGAUGAAGAGAAGCGUAGAAAGAGGCCGAAGCAGGCAAGGAAGGAAGCGGUGGAGCGAGCGAGCAAACAAGCAGAGAGUUUGGUAUAGUCUAGCUGCUCGAUGCCGCUCGGUGCGCUGAAUGCUGAGGCCCCGGCAUAUCGGGCCCCUGUACUACCGCUCCCCUCUCCAAGAUGGCCGCCGUUCGGGUCCAGCCGGGUCCCCCUGACCGAGCCAGGCCGAGUCCAGCGAGUCAGGGGAAGGGUAGGCCUUGCAGGUGCCGCCAUGUCAGUGCAUGCCUAACCUCGAAGCCGCGCGGAACGGACGCUGGGCCCAACAACGCGACACCUCGUGCUACAUCUUUGCUUCUCGCUGCAACUCUUUUUUUCUGGGCCGAGAGUAGGCUACGGUCGAUUGUAAACGGGCCGCGAACACGAGCAACCUUCCGCACGAUCGCGUAAUCGGUGUCUCAGCGAAUACGGAGUGCUCCGGACGAUCGAAGCGAACAGCGAAUCGCGAGAAAAGGUGUAGUAACCGAGCAACAGGAGAUUGCUCGCGACUCGGAGCAAACCUACGUCCUACAAGAUAAAAGCGAGAAAACUUGUCGUCAGGUAUACGCGUUUCUGUGCGGUUCUUCGACGAGGUCAGGCGAGCCGGUUGAUCGUCGCGCAUCAGAUUUUUCAUCUCGCGUCUCGCGUGUGUCGCGCGUGACAGUUUUGGAGCACGGGGGACUACUAGGCGAACGGGAACGCUGCAGCUCUUUCUCUUCUGUUGACGCGAAUAAUACGCUCUAGCGCAAGGUAAACUCGACUGCAACUGGUCCAGCCUGCUUGUUCACUUCCGAGAGGAUCGAUCGACGAUCCAAGACGAGUGGAGGGGAUCUCCGACAAAACAUGAGAAAAGGAAGCGCACAGUGGACAGCGUGAAUUACGAAGGAAAGUAGAGGUUAGAUUUUUGGAGCAAGAACCCGGAGAGCCGCGAGAUGAAGGGCGUUCGAAACGCGAGGCGAUCGCGGCGGGUUCGCGACCGGUCGUGUUGAUCGUCUAGUUAUCGGAGGCGAAUCUAACGCGAGGAAUGUACGAUAUCUCGAGGCGAAGAUAUUCCAGCAACGGAGAGGACAGUGAAUAGCGCGGCGUGUUAGCAAGAGAAAGAGAGAGAGAAGGAGAGAAACAGGACAAGCACGUACGCGUAGGUAAAAGGAAAGGAAAGGAAAGGAGAGGAUAAAACGAAGGGAAGAAGGAAGAGACCGAAGAAGGAAAGGAAGACGGAGAACGGAGAACGGAGAACGGCGUGGAACGGUGUGUCGAGUUGGUUCACGAGUCCACCACAGGAAUUUCCACGAGUUGUCGAGGCUCUCCGUAAACUGGCGUGUUUGGUAAACUAGCUCAGCUCGGUCACACCGCUAAGAAGGACGGACGUUGCGUCGUGCGUGGCGCGAGUGAUCGCGAGAGGAGAAACGAACGGAUCGUACGUGAUUGUGCUUGGUGCUGGUGCUGCUAGUGGGUGAUAAAUGUGCCGGUUGAUCGCGUACACGCGCUACCUUCCGUCGGGAUUAUAACGGACGUCGUCGGGUCGAUUGAAACGCGUACACGUACGAUUCGUAUUUGAGAAAAAAUAGAUAAAAAAGAAGAGAUUGUCAGGUCUAUCACCGUUUAAGGACGAAUGACGAGCUUUUGGAGAAACGAUGAUCUGACAAUCGCACGUUCGACGAUGGAAAGAUCGAGAUAAUAGCGCAAGACGGAGAAGGCGGAGGAGGGCGGCGGUGGCGGAGGCUCCAGGAUGCGGCACCUGCUACUGUUCCUCGUCCUGGGAGCGAGCCUCGCCCCGGGCACGUGGUCCGAGCUGGUGAGAUACUUGGAAGUGUCGGAGAACGCGCGGCCAGGGACCAGGGUAGGUUUCAUCGACGCGGACAGUCCACCCUAUUUGAUCGUGUCGGUUUCCGGCUCCGCGGUCGAGUCGGACUUGACGGUGGAUUACGCGACGGGGGAGAUAAAGACGAAAGUGCCGUUGGAUCGCGAGACAAGGCCGUCUUACAGUUUGGUCGCAUUGCCGCAAAACAUUCAGGUGGUGGUGAAGGUAUUGGACGAGAACGACAACGCGCCAACCUUUCCGGUGGAUCACGUGGACGUAGAAUUCCCGGAAAAUUCGCCUCGCGACGCGAAGCGUGCUCUACCACCCGCCAAGGACCCCGAUCUCGGCCAGUACUCGACCCAACGCUACGAGAUCGUGUCCGGUAAUCACGGCGACGCGUUUCGAUUGUCCCAACACCGUGGUCGAGACGGUGUUCUCUAUUUGGAUCUGCAAAAUUCUGGCUCGUUGGACCGCGAGGCUCGAUCCGAGUACCAUUUGGUGAUAGAAGCGCUGGACGGUGGAGCGCCGCCGCUACGUUCGCGGCUGCGCGUCAACGUGACGGUACAAGACGUAAACGACAAUCCGCCGAUCUUCAACCAGACCAGAUACGUUGCCAGCGUGCCGGAAAACGCGACCGUCGGUACGCCGGUGCUCGCGGUGAACGCGACCGAUAGCGACGCGGGCGACAACGGACGGAUCGAGUAUUCGAUAAAUCGUCGGCAAUCGGACCGAGAGGAGAUGUUUCGCAUCGAUCCAGAGACCGGUAUGGUAUACGUGAACAAGGCGUUGGACUUUGAAUCGAAAGAACGACACGAAUUGGUGAUAGUGGCGCGGGAUCGAGGCGCGCAACCGCUCGAAGCAAGCGCGUUCCUCUCGGUACGCGUGACGGACGUGAACGACAAUCAGCCAGCGAUCACUGUGAUCUUUCUGUCGGACGACGCGACGCCGAAGAUCAGCGAGAGCGCCCAACCGGGCGAGUUCGUCGCCAGGAUAUCCGUCAGCGAUCCAGACUCGAGGACCGAGUAUUCGAACGCCACGGUCACUUUGACCGGCGGCGAGGGACAUUUCGGUCUGGCUACCAGAGACAACAUCAUCUACCUGGUGGUGGUCGAGAGGCCACUCGAUCGCGAGGAAAAACCCGUCUACGAUUUGUCCGUGGAGGCGACCGAUGCCGGUACACCUCCGCUAAGAGCCGUUCGAACCUUUCGUCUACUGGUGACGGACGUAAACGACAACGCACCGAAAUUCGUUCAGGAUAGAUACGAGGCUCAUCUGUUGGAAGCAUCGGAGCCUGGUACACCCGUGUUGAAAGUGACCGCCACGGAUCUCGACGAGGGCGCCAAUUCCGCCAUCAAGUAUUCUCUUUUCAACACCACGUGGUUCGCGAUCGACGAAAGCUCCGGGCUGAUAAGCACGAUCGCGCACGUGGACUGUGAAGCCGAUCCAGCGCCGAUUCUAGUGGUUGUCGCGACCGAUUCCGGCCGUCCGGCUUUGAGCAGCAGCGCGACAGUGCGCGUCACCGUUCACGAUCUCAACGACAACGAGCCUAUCUUCGAGAAGCCGCUGUACAACGCCACCGUUCCGGAGGAUAUGCCUGUCGGACGCUGCUUCCUCAAGGUACAAGCGACCGACCCGGAUUGCGGCGUGAACGCGAUGGUGAAUUACACGCUUGCCGCUGGAAGAAUGGAAAGCGAACAGCUGAUGGUGCGUAGCGAUACCGGCGAGAUUUGCGUCAGAACACCGUUGGACAGGGAAACCGCGCCCUAUCUAGAGAUUCCUGUCAUCGCCACCGAUAGAGGAGGCCUGAGUACCGUAGCCAUCGUGAGAGUCCAAGUGACCGACGUGAACGACAAUCGUCCGAUCUUCGAACCGCGCAAGUACAACGUCACCGUGAAAAGCGACAGUCCGAUACAGGGUGCGAUUUUGAGGCUGGUAGCGACGGAUCUGGACGCGGGACUGUUCGGUCAAGUGGCGUAUCGAAUCACGAACGGCAACGAAGCCGGUGUUUUCCAAAUCGAUCGCAACACCGGUGAGCUUCAGGUGGCGAGACCGAGUCUGUUGUCCCGCUCGUUGCUGCAUCAAUUGAACGUAACGGCAACCGACGCGGCUGGUCUGAAGAGUACCUUCGACGCCGAAGUUCGAAUCACCACGUCAUCCCCGGGGCACAGGAUAGCCGGUUGCGACAAACCACGAUACACCGUCACGGUCAAGGAGACCAUUCCUCAGAACAGCGUGGUUGCCGGCGUGAAGGAUGGAGCCGCGUCCUCUUCGCCGUCAGGUGAACGGCCGAGCAGAUUUUAUUUGGUGAAGGAAGAACCGGAUCUAACGAUGGACCCGAGCACCGGUAUGCUUCGAAUUCGCCAGUCAUUGGACCGAGAAGCCCGAGACAAAUACAUUUUGAGCGUCGAGGCGCGUAAUGGAAUAUCUGUGGGCUACUGUCAGCUGGAACUGAACGUGGAGGAUGUGAACGAUAACGCCCCUAUGUUCCCGAGCAGCAGCGUCCGUAUUUCCGUGCCGGAAUCGCAUCCCCUUCACACUGCCCUUUACGUGGCACACGCGACCGAUCCGGACACGGUCCCGUCGCACCCUCUGCGCUACGUUCUCGGCCAGAACAGCAACGACCUGUUCGGUAUAGACGGCCGCACCGGAGAGCUGUAUCUGGCCAGAAGAUUGGAUUACGAGACCCAACAACGCCACGGACUUCUGAUAAGAGCGUUGGACGGUGCUGGACUCUCGGCGAAUCUCAGCCUGAGCGUCGAGGUGCAGGACGUGAAUGACAACCCCCCAGUGUUCGAGAGGAACGAGUAUCACGUGGAGGUUCCCGAAGGCGCCAAGCUCGAUUCUCAAAUUCUUCAGGUGACCGCGGUGGACCUUGAUACAGGCAACAACGCGAGGUUGAGUUACCGUCUUCAAGGAUCCUCCGCCUUCCGGAUCAGCCCGAACACCGGCUGGAUCUACCUGGCUCAGAUUUUGGAUCGCGAGAGUCUCGAUCGUCACGCGUUGACGGUUCUCGCGACCGAUAAUGGUUCACCAGCCGCGACGGCAAGCGCGUCCGUUCUGGUGACGGUGUUGGACGACAACGACAACGAUCCCCGUUUCGAGAAGGAUUUCUACGGGUUCGAGUUGCUGGAGAACCUGCCCUCGGGUACGCUGGUCGGAUCCGUGAGCGCCUCCGAUCCUGAUCUUGGCAAGAAUGCUCUGCUCAGGUACGCGGUGGUCCAGGCAAACAGCAGCUUCACCGUGGAUCCUGAUACAGGUGAGAUUACCACGAGGGAGCCGCUCGAUCGAGAAAUCAAAGGUGUCCACGAGUUGGUGCUCGAGGCUCGAGAUCAGGGCACGCCUUCCAGGGCGGCUAGGGUGCCCUUGAAGGUUACCGUGUUAGACGUGAACGAUAACUCGCCUGAAAUAGUGGACCCUCAGGGUGACGUUGUCAGCGUCAGAGAAGAACAACCACCGGGAACGGAAGUGGCGAGGGUCAGAGCGUUGGACACCGACCUCGGAGAAAACGCAUCCGUCACCUACACCAUUCUUAAAGACCGAGAUUCGGACGGUUACAACGUUUUCACCAUCGACCCCAUCACCGGCAUGAUUAGAACGAAGGCGGUUCUCGAUCACGAAGAACGAAACGUAUAUCGGGUGUCCGUAAAAGCGACGGACGCUGGUCGGCCACCCCGGCACAGCAUACGGGCGUUAAGAGUCGAGGUUUUAGCUCUCGCGGAUAACCGGCCGACCUUCACUAGCAGCAGUCUUACCUUUAACGUGCGAGAAGACGCGAGUAUAGGACAAGCUGUGGGUUCAGUGUCGGGUGCGGGCCCAGCGGGUCGCGUGGCCUUCACCCUAGACUCGCUGACGCCCGUCAGCGAGUUUCCAGCGUUCGACGUGGACCGCAGCUCGGGUCAGCUGGUGGUCGCCCAUUCGUUGGAUCGCGAGAACGUUAGCGAGUACCACCUGGAGAUCAGAGCGCUGGACACGACAUCGAUCGGGAACCCUCAGAGCAUCGCCGUCUCGGUGAAAAUAAUCAUCGAGGACGCGAACGACAAUCCACCUCGGUGGCCUCAAGAUCCGAUAACUGUCCGCGUGUCCGAACGGGCUGUGAUUGGCUCGACGAUUUACAAUUUGACGGCCAGCGAUUUGGACAGCGGCCCGAACGGCGAUCUUCGAUACGGUCUGGUGGCCGAGUUUCCGUCGAGAGGCAGCUUCGCGGUCGACUCUCUCACCGGAGCACUGACGCUCGCCAGACCGUUGGACAGAGAAGAGAGAGCCGAGUACACCUUGAUCCUGAAGGCGUCCGAUCGUGCUCCUCCCGGUGAACAGUUGGCCUCGACCGUCACCGCGAGGAUCAUCGUUCUCGAUCAGAACGACAACGAGCCGGUUUUCGUCGCCCCAGAAUCCACGAAAGUGGCCGUCACGCCGGAUCUCUUACCAGGAGCGACGCUGGUGAGAGUGGUCGCGGUGGAUAAAGACGCAGGUGACAAUGGCCGUGUAUCGUACGUGAUUACAUCGGCAAACGAGCAGUCGAGAUUCUCGGUGGGUUACGAGUCUGGUAUAGUGAGCUUGGAGAGGCCGAUGGUGAGGUCGACGGAGCUUGAGAUUACGGCGAACGAUCAUGGUACCCCACCGCGAAAGUCAACUCUCAAGCUGACUCUGACGCUGGCUUCUGGACAGACCAACGGACCUCCUCGGCUACUGCUCGCCAAUCCAGUGGCUAGAGUUUCAGAGGACCUCCAGGUUGGCGCGCCGGUUCUAAACGUCGCCGGUCCUAUCAUCGCCGAUCAGGGUAACGUCACCUUCAGCAUUCCGAGCAACGUCGCCUCGGACAAGUUCGCCAUUACACCCGGUGGUUUGGUCACUCUUCGAGGACCCUUGAACCGUGAACAGACCUCCCGCUACUCCGUCCCGAUCUUGGCAAGGUCCAGCAAGCUCUUGGAUAUUAGCACUCUCGAAGUUCUAGUCAUGGACGAAAAUGACAAUAGCCCCGAGUUUCGGCCUGGCUCUUGUUAUACCCUCGCCGUUCCUGAAAACCAGCAGACUUCUGUGAUACACACGAUAGCAGCCACCGAUCUCGACGAAGGCAAGAACGGGGAAAUUUACUACAGCAUCGUUGGCGGAAACAUAGGCGCAAAGUUUAUCCUCGAUUCCGUAACCGGAAAACUAUCAAUGUCGAACUUGGACAGGGAAACAGUUUCCAAAUACGUCCUGACUAUUUCUGCAAAGGACAAGGGUCGUCCCAGUUUGGAAGCUCGCUGCAACUUGACCGUGAUCGUCCUGGAUAUAAAUGACAAUGCUCCUACGUUCGUUCCAAAUCAGUACACCGAAUCACGACCUCGUGGUGCUGUCCAAAACUCCGAGUACCCUGGAUUUGGCAUACCCAAUGGUUUCCCUUACUCCUCUUCCAAUUAUCCAACCAAUUCUUAUCCUAGUAAAUACUUAGCGACCAUUUCCGAAGACGUGGCACCAGAUUCUAGCAUGAUGUCCGUAAAAGCUACGGAUCCUGAUCAAGGGGUGAAUGGAAAGAUCACGUAUGCCAUUGCAGAAGAAAGCAGCUGGCUCUUCAGGGUGGAUAAUCUGACCGGCGUCAUCACUACCGCUGGCCCCUUGGAUCGAGAACGCCAAAGCACCUACAACUUCGUGGUCGUGGCCACGGACAGUGGCAAGUACGACGCUAAAAGUACGUCGAUCCCUGUUGAGAUUCGAAUAAGCGACGUGAACGACAACGCCCCAGUUUUCGCGGAACACCCUUUUCGCGCCCAUGUGUCGAUCGGCACCCAACCGGAGAAGAACAUUCUUCGAGUAGUAGCCACGGACGCGGACGAAGGGGCGAACGGAGAAAUCAUCUACUCCUUUCUGCACGAGCAAGAGAAGCCAAAAUUCAGGAUUCACCCUAACACGGGUGCGGUGACUGCGGCGUUAUCCUUGUCGCAGGAUAACGGCAAGACGUAUCACUUGGAGGUAUUGGCCAGAGACAAGGGGAAUCCACCGAAGAGCACUCGAGGACUGAUCGAACUGCAAGUCGGAGAUCUUGCCGAUUUGACACCGGUUUUGAAGUUCCAAAACGAAACGUACGAAGUCGUCGUUCAGGAAAAUUCUGCGGCUGGUACCGAAGUGCUUCAAGUGACUGCCGUUCGAUCGGAUGGCCGGCGACAACACGUUUCGUAUUCGUUUGGAUCGGGAAACGAGUUUGGAACGUUCUCCAUCGACGAGGAUACCGGACUGUUACGGGUAAACGAUCCUACAAGGUUGGACGCCGAGCUGUGGACCGAUUUGACGGUGAAACCGACGGAAGAACAAGGGGAGGACGGUCGUACGAACUCGUGGGGAAGGUCCUUGGAGGGACAACAGUCCAAGGAGAAACCUAGGGAGAGCUCGAAGCACGUGCUUACAGUAGCUGCUAGAACCAGUGGUCCGGAUCAUUUGGAGGCGUACGUAAAGGUGGUCGUCAGGGUGUCCGACGUGAACGACAAUCCACCGGUUUUCACUCAGACCCAGUACUCUGCUACCGUGUUGGAAGGCAAUGUCAAAGGAGACUUUGUUGUCAAGCUUUCAGCUAGCGAUGCUGAUCAAGGAAUGAACAGUAGAAUUCUCUAUCAUAUCGUCGACGGCAAUCCAGACAACGCGUUCACCAUAAGUCCGCCGUACAGCGGUAUAGUUCAGACGAACAUAGUUCUCGAUCGCGAGAUCCGUGAAAAAUAUAGACUGACGAUCAUUGCGACGGAUCAAGGAAAUCCUCAGUUAACCGGUACGGCCGCCCUCAGCAUCCGAGUGAUCGAUAUCAACGAUAAUCAGCCGACUUUUCCGGAGCACAGCAUCGUCUCAGCUUCCGAAGGUACAGCGGUUGGUACGGUUCUGACGACCAUCACGGCGAACGACGUCGACAGUUCUCCGGCUCUGACCUAUCGAUUCGGCAAUGUGACCAGCCCGGGACCAUUCAGUAUCGACAAGUACGGUGGCAAGGUGGUUCUUCGUAGACGUUUGGAUGCCGAAACACGGUCCGAGUAUAGUCUUCAAGUGAUCGCCAGCGAUGGUAUUCACGAAACGACGACCAACCUGGUGGUUCGUGUCACGGAUCUCAACGACAACGCUCCUCAAUUCCAACAGUCCGCUUACAUCGCCACUUUACCUGAGGGUGGUCGGGGCGAACUGCAAGAGAUUCUGACGGUGAACGCGACCGACGACGACCUCACGGAGGACAACAGCCGAGUACGAUAUUAUCUGCAGAAAGCUACCAAAGGUUUCUCGGUGCAUCCGAUGACCGGUGUACUGACGGUUAAUCGUACCGCGAUACCGAGACCGUUGCCGAAAGAGGUGGAGCUGGCCAUCGUGGCGGAAGAUUACGGUAAACCACCGGCAUCCUCGGUCUGCUCGGUUGUCGUACGAUUAAGCAGCCUGAAGAGCACGUUGCCCGAGAAAGAGUACAAGAUCACGGUGAAAGAAAACGCGUCGAAGGGAACUACCUUGAUGAGACUGUCCGACGUGGACCUGUUGGACGGUGCGAUCGUGGCUGGCGAUGACAGUGGCACAUUCGAGGUGUCCAGAGGAAAAUUGAUGCUCUCCAAAACGCUCGACAGAGAAACGAAGGACAGAUACGUCUUGCGGCUGGGUUCCAAGAACGAGAAUAUGACCACCGGAUCGUUGGUAGGAGACGAACCUAUCACGGUAAUCGUCACGGUGGAGGACGUAAACGAUAAUUAUCCUCAUUUCCUGGAGGAGCUUCAUCAAGUGUCCAUCAAGGAAAACGCGGUUCGUGGAACGAUCGUGGCGACAUUGCGAGCCAAAGACGACGACCUAGCUGGUACAGAAGCAGCAAAUUUAGUUUACGAGAUUACUUCUGGAAACGACGGUGGUCUCUUUCGCGUGGAGAAAACUACAGGCGCGGUACUGGUAAACGCCACGUUGGAUUGCGAUCUCGAACCGGACGUUCACAAUCUUGUGGUGAUGGCGUGCGACAGCGAUCCAAUUUCUCCUCUCUGUGCUCUGGCGAGGCUACGAAUCCAUCUCGAAGACGUCAACGACAAUUCGCCAAAGUUCCCAGUUUCCGAAUACCUAGAAUUCGUUGGGGAGAACGAACCAAUCGGGACGACCGUCUUCUCCGCUCGAGCCUCGGACUUGGAUCGCGGUAUCUUUGGAUCUCUCAACUAUUCGAUCGUGUCCGCCGCGGCGACAGGUUUCUCCGACAUCGACGACAGUUGGAAGCUGUUCGCGGUCGACGGGAAAUCCGGCACGGUCACCACGCGAGCAGUUUUCGAUUACGAACUACGAAACAGAUACGCGUUUACCCUGAGAGCCACGGACACGGGUGGUCGAACGGCUGCCGUCAGGGUCAGAGUGGAAAUCGAAUCGAGGGACGAAUUUUAUCCUCAAUUUACCGAACGAAUGUACAGAUUCGGAAUAAAAAGUGGUGCUCAGGUGUUGCCCGGUACGGUGAUCGGUCAUGUCACAGCGACGGACCGUGACAAAGGACCGGAUGGUCGGGUGGUUUACCAGUUAACCUCGCAGCACCCCUAUUUCAAACUGAACCGCACCACCGGCGCGUUGAUCGUCAAACAGAAGCUGGUGCACAUCGACAUGGACGUGGAAGAGUCGUCGAGGCUGGUGGUCAGUGCCAGUUCAGGAAGACAGGGCUCACUGUCAAACAUGACCGUGGUGGAGAUCACUCUGACGGACGACAGCGACGUGAACGAAGCUAGAGGAGCUACCGCGUUGGCAAACCCCUCGGACAUUAACUCUAACAUGGCUGUCGCUGCGAAUGGAGGUCUCGCCGACUGGGCUUUGGGUCUUCUGAUCGCUCUACUUCUCCUGGUGAUUGCAUUCGGUGCCAUUUUCCUAUACCUUCAUCUUCGAAAUCGAAGACACAAGAAACCCGGGACGAAACCCGGUCUGAACGGAGAGAGCAACGCGACUGCAUCCAAUAGCUACGUAGACCCAAGCGCUUUCGACACUAUUCCUAUUAGAAACGUAGGCGGGGUCGGUACAGCGGGAAACGGAGGUUCGGGAAACGGAAACGGGGCAGGUGGUACCGCGACCUGUCAGUUUGCUCCUCCAAAGUACGACGAGAUACCACCGUACGGUACCUCCGGUCAGUCUGGACAGCAGCAAGCUACUUCCGAAUUGUCUGGCAGCGAUCAAUCCGGCUCGUCCGGUAGAGGUUCGGCCGAGGACGACGGAGAGGACGAAGAAAUUCGAAUGAUCAACGAAGGUCAACAGACAGGGGAUUCAGCCAGCGAUUUGUCGGUGCACAAUACUCAAGAAUACUUGGCCAGGUUAGGAAUCGUCGAUCCCCCGGCUGGUACACCGAGAAGGCCUCCCGAAGCUCUGCCACUCGAUAGCCUGCACCUGUUCGAAGACGAGGCUGCUACCGAAGCGGACAUCGCUACUUUAAUUUACGGCAAGAUAGGCGAACCAGGCAGGCCCAUGUCCGGUUUGGAAGUGCCUGGUGGUCCGUCCAUGAACGGUUCCUUGAGCUCCAUCGUGCACAGCGAAGAGGAGCUGACGGGUUCCUACAACUGGGACUACCUGCUCGACUGGGGCCCCCAUUACCAACCUCUGGCUCACGUAUUUAGCGAAAUAGCCAGGUUAAAGGACGACGCUGCUAGCGUCCAAAGCGGAAACUCGGGAAGCAGCGGCAAGACCAAGUCUGUACAUAAAGCACCACCUCCCCCGUUGCUCACUUCCGUUGCUCCUAGAUCUUUGGCGGCUCCAGCGUUGGCAAGGGGUAUCCUUCCUAGGUCUCCGAUCAGUCAUGACGCUUCCACCUUCCCCUCUGCCGCCCUCAGUCCGAGUUUCUCCCCGUCCUUGUCUCCUCUUGCCACUAGAAGUCCAAGUAUCAGUCCUUUGGUGCCACCUACCACCCAGAGGUCCGGUCAAAACGUGAAUAGGGGUAUUCCAGUUACCGACGCCGAACUGAGGAUUUGAAGGUACUUUAAAGCGAUCGUUUGAUCGCGUCAGGUGUUAGUAUUAGUCGCGUGUAAUCGAUAGCCAGAGAAGAUCACGCGCGAUUCUUUAGAAAAUGUACUGUCCGCGCGUUAGGAUAAAUUCGAUUUUGUGUGAUUUCAGCGUGUAGCGUGUAUAAAAUAGAGACUCUAAGCUGACUGACCUUCGACGGGAUUCUCGAAGGCGCCAAGGUGCAAAGAACUAACUUUUUAACUCUUCUCGUGAUAGACAAACGCCUCUUUUACGCUGUUAGAAUCGAAGAAAAUUUAUUGUAGAUAACCAAGUCGUCCCGCAAUAACCCUAACGAAUAGAGCGUAAUCGAAGUCUGCGGAAAAGAGGCGAUUGCGUCGAUAUUAUUUCUUUAUACUUUAUUCCUUCCGUUUUUUUAUUUUUCUUUUUGUACGAUACGACUGUCACUUGCCGUUUCGAUCGUCGGUCGAUCGAUAACCGAAAAAAUACUCGAAGUCCUUGUAAAUAGGAGGUGCCAACGCGGGCGCGUAGUUUUUAAGUAAUCCUGUACAUAUUUAUCUAACGAACGAACAGAAAGAAGCAACGAUCGCGUCUUAUAAUCAAAAGGAUAGACUGUCUUAUCGUAAAGUAACUCGAUGUUUCGUGCCGUGCUCGGUAAAACUCGCCUGUGUACAGUGAUGUAUAAUGUUGUUUAGAGAACGGAACGUGUCGUUCGAUCGUUUUCACGAGCAGGGUAAGUAUCAUCGGUUCAAAAUGCGGCGUCACGAGCGAACUGAUCAUUCCGAUAUUCGUGAUCGCGCAUCUCCACCACUUUUAAACCGUCUCCAUAUAAUUUGUCUACCUUCCGUGUUCGUCUUUCGCGUGGAAUCUCGAUGUUAAGGAAGACGAUACUUCUGCCAGGUACAUGCGCAUAAAUGUUAGAGGAUAGAUAUUGUCAUAUUUUGUAUAAAAACGAACUCUUUGUACAAAGACUCCCCUGUGAGCCAGGGAUUCGCCUAACGGUGGAUCUUAAAUAAAUGAAU